GUGCUGGGAAGGUGACGUGGAAAGAGGAUGAUAUCAGGCAGCUGGCAUUCGAGCUCAAAACAGGUCUACCUCUUCCAGUUUUGCAGGUUCUCACGAGUCCUGACUGGCAUGGAGGCAAGCUUAUCCAAUUGGACGAGUUGAUCAAGCCGAGCGUCGAGGACAUCAAGUUGAAUUUUGCAUGGGUGGCACCUUUUGUGAAGGCAUCGCCAGACAAGGUUCCAUCGGGGUUUCUGAUCGCAGACACUUUUCUUUAUUGCGACCACCUGUUCAUGGGCAAGCUCCUGCAACCAAGACAGCCGGGCGAGACAAAGCAGACCAUGGCUGCUGAAGAGGCAGGCAACUGCAAGCGCCUGAUUGGGGCACUCCGCGGGCUUUGGCGCUCGAGCAAGCUUGGGCACCACCCCCAGAUCACCUACUUGAAGAGUUUGUUGGUGAAAUCACCAACUCGGUCGCGGGCUUCCGCCGAGGAGGACCAAAGUCUAGUGGAUGCUGACGAGCCGGCCCCUGCGAAUGACGCGCCUGCUGAAGUUGUGGUUGAGGCGCCUGCUGAACUUGAGGGCGAUACGCCAGAGGACGAUAGCCAGCAGUGUGUGGACGCAGAAAUGCAUGACGCAGCUGAUAGCCAGGAGAGCCAGCAUGUGGACGCGCAGAUGCCUGACAGCGAGCCUGUGUGUGAUGGCGAGAGCGACUUUGAAGUUGAGGAGGACCGCAAGUCCCUUGCGAUGGCCCAAGACCGCUGCCAAUCUGCUGAUGUGGAUGACGACUUGGAUGCAGCCACUUUGCGAUUGGGAGAUCACUCAGGCCCUGAGAGCGAAUCUGAAGCUGAUGGAGGCACCCCGGACCACAUUGAGAUGUGGGAAAGCCGGUAUUUUCAUGCGCAGAAGGCCUUGGCAGCUGCACGCGUGAAGAAGGAACCGGAGGAGGGCCUAAGUCACGGCGGCUCCAGCGCUGUGAAGCGGAAACUAUCAUUCGCAGAGGAGCGCGCGAAGGGAAUGCAGAAGGCCAAGCAAGAGGCCAAGGCUGCAGAGCCACCAGCCAUUGAGGUUCUUUGCCGGAACCGUGCUUUUGUGGUGAAACGUAUUGGUGGUGAGGCUGAGGAAGGCAAGAAUAUCAAGGGUCAGCUAUCGUGGUGCAAGUUUCCCAAUGUUAAAGCUGCCUGGGAAGUUGCGAAAGUCCGUGCCAAUUUUGGCGGCUAG